GACUAACGCGUGGCUCAGAAUGUUUGGGGGUAAGUGAGUUUGAGUGCGAGGCAUGUAAUCGAAGCAUUAGAAAAAUCGGGUCAGAAGCUGAAAAACUUGUUAUCUUUCUCUCCAAGGAUUAUCUUAGCUUUUAUCUUCCACCAAUCAGGACCCGCCUGAGUUUUGGAAAAUUCUUGUUCGGUCUGAUUAUCCUGACGCUGUAGGGGGGAUUGCGAGUUAAUGGUUUAGACAUCACAGGAUUAGUGUUCAGACAGUGGUCAGCUGGUCAGUUAUGGAAGCUCGGGUGUUUUUUGAACUUGGGGUACUUGUGUUGGGAAUUUUGUGUACUAGUGUGUGUGUAGGAGUACCUUAUGACCUAUUCUACUCCUAUGGACUAAAGUAUGGUGAUGCAGUAUUGGAGCGUACAGACGAUGUUAGCUCUAACGAGAUAAUGCUAAACGCACCUGUUGUCUUCUAUGAUCAACGAUACAACAGUCUUUUUAUCAAUAACAAUGGACAUUUAUCAUUUGACUUUGAAGUGCCUGUGUACCAGCCUACCCUUGUGCUUCCAUCAGACUACAAAUUAAUCGCUGCAUUUCUGGCAGAUGUUGAUACUUCAGCUGCAGGAAGCGUUUACUACAGGCAAACUCAAGAUGAAACUUUAUUACAAAGAGCCUCCUCAGAUGUCAAAGGUCAUUUCCAAGGUUACCAGGAUUUCAAGGCCACAAAUCUUUUCAUUGCCACUUGGGAAGAUGUGGGGUUUUACAACAAAAGUAACACAAAGCUCAACACGUUCCAAAUUGUUCUGGUGACAAAUGGAUCGGAGUCCUUUGCUCUUUAUAACUACCUUGAUGGGGGUCUUAACUGGGUCACCAGCAAGGGGAAAUUCAACACAAUUUUACCUGACCCCCCAGCGCAGGCUGGGUUUGAUGCCGGUGAUAACCAGGACCAUUACAAGUUGCCAUACAGUGGAACCAGCCAAGCCUUCCUGUUUGCCAGUGGCUCCAAUGUGAACGUGCCUGGACAAUGGAUGUUCAACAUUGGACAGCUGAAUGGUGGGGGCAUCCGUGAGCCUUCAUUUGGCACAGAAGAAACGGGAGUUGUAAUUUUUGAGCCGACCCUGGGGAGCGAGACAUGUACAGAGGGAGCCACUGAGUGUGACUUGAACGCACAGUGUGUGGAUUACUCCAUUGGCUACUGCUGCAAGUGUCUAGAUAAUUACUAUGGCAACGGGCUCAAUUGUCUGGAAAAGGGAGUGCCCCAGCGAAUGAACGGCAAGGUGUAUGGAGAGUUGAAUGGCUACACAAUCGAGAAUCUGGACAUGCAUGUGUACAUUGUGACACGUGAUGGGCGAGCGUACACCGCCAUCAGUCGCAUAGUACCCCAGAUGGAGGGAAAUCUACGAUCGUUGAUCACUGUUGGAGGAAUCAUGGGAUGGCUUUUUGCUCAGCCCCAGCACCCGGAUGCCAAAAACGGUUACAUGUUAUCAGGUGGCAUUCUGAAUCGUACAGCAGCAGUUCGAUACUCCACGGGUGAGCAGGUUUCAAUCAUUCAGAAGUUUCAUGGACACGAUACCCAGGGACACAUGAGGCUGGAGACAAAUAUACAGGGUACUGUACCAUCAAUCCCUAUCAACUCCUCGAUCACCCUCGGAGAUUACACCGAGGAAUAUCAGCGUAUCGCACCAGGACAGUGGCAGUCGAGCUCCACUGGGCGUUACGUAGUGAAUGGAAUAACUCGUCAAUAUCAACUGGAUCAGACAAUUAUGUACGAGGAAUGUAAAUACAACACUGACCCUCAAGUGGACGUCAUGAGACUAAUGACCAGCAGGAACUACCUGAGUUAUGAAGUUGAUCAGAAUAUCGUCCGCUACAUCAUGACGGCCAAAAUGGGAGUCAGUCAGUCAGGUCUUGAUCCCUGCCUAGAGGGCGCUGCUAGAUGUCACCAGAAUGCUGAGUGUAUUCCUGAGGGCAAUGAGGUCAGAUGUCAGUGUCGCAGAGGAUUUAUUGGGGACGGUACCGAGUGUCAAGAUGUGAAUGAAUGCACAGAGAAUCCAUGUGACGUUAACGCUGACUGCUACAACCUACCGGGGUCAUUCGAGUGCACAUGUCGCUUUGGUUUCACAGGGGAUGGUUUACGAUGUCAAAGGGAAGUAAGACUAUGUGGAGAUGACGUCUGCAAUCCCAAUGCACGUUGUGUCUUCAACAGUGACAUCGGACGACCCAUGUGUGAAUGUAAUUCUGGUUACUAUGGUGAUGGAAAAAAUUGUUCCACUUUAGCGUUUGAGUGUAAUGAGGCCCCUGACGUUUGCCACCAGGAUGCCGAAUGUGUCUUUGACUACAAUGAUCGGCGCUACAAGUGCGAGUGUGGAGAGGGAUUCAGUGGUGACGGUCUCGUCUGUGAGGCGUACAAGGACCAGUGUAGCAGAUGCCACAUCAAUGCCACAUGCGUGUUUAACGUUAACACGUUUGCCCACAUCUGCCAAUGUAAUCCAGGAUUUACUGGUGAUGGGAGAUUCUGUUCAGCUAUUGAAAUACCAAGUGUUUGCCAACUUUGUAGUGUAAAUGCAGAAUGUUUAUUUGAUGUUUCCAAGCAAAACUUUACCUGUCAGUGUAGAUCCACUUACCGUGGCGAUGGGUUUAACUGCACGCAGGCGGAUUGCCGUUACGAACAAAUGUGUGAUCCCAACGCAGACUGUUUGUACGAUCCGUUUGAACUGAGAUACCUCUGCCUCUGUAGAAAUGGAUAUUCAGGUAAUGGUUUGACUUGUGAGCCCCAGGGUUGUGAAGUCUACAACGAUUGUGAUGUAAACGCCCAGUGCCUGCCCGACCCUAGGUACACCAGCAGAUAUGCAUGUCGCUGUAACCAAGGAUACAGGGGUGAUGGCAAAUCCUGCGAACAAGAGGAGGUUUCCUGUAACCAGAUUAAUAACUGCUCCCCAUUUGCCGAGUGUUUGUACAACCUCUCUGUGGAUUCCUAUCGGUGUCGUUGUCGACCUGGUUAUGAUGGUGAUGGAAAGGCCUGUAUUCCAAGUGGUCACAAUUGCCAAAGAAAUCCCACAGUGUGUGACCCAAAUGCUAACUGUGUUUCAAAUGGAGAAUUAUAUGUCUGUGUGUGCAACUCCGGAUUCAGAGGAGACGGAAAACUCUGCUAUAGGACGAGUUCCGAGGACUUCCUGUAUUUGUCUCAGGGUAAAACUCUCAGUCGGGUCAACAUGGACCAAGACACAGGACCAGGAGAGCUAAUUAUUUACAAGCCCAAUCAGCUGAUUGUUGCUGUUGAUGGUGACUGUGCUGAUGGAAGCCUAUAUUAUACAGAUGUUGUAGAGGGAAGCGUUUAUCAUGCUGCUAGCAAUGGUUCCAAUCUCAACGUCAUCAUAUCAGGUCUGAAGUCUCCUGAAGGUUUGUCCAUUGAUUGGGUGUCACGGAACAUGUACUGGACAGACUCCGAGAUGGACUGCAUAGAAGUAUCCAGACUUAAUGGAACGUCCAGAAAGAGGCUGUUCGAGAAGGGACUGGUCAACCCAAGAGCCAUCGUUGUCAAUCCACAGAGAGGGAGAAUGUACUGGACUGACUGGAACAGAGGAUCUCCAAAAAUCGAGGUGGCAGACAUGGAUGGCACCAACAGGAAGGUGUUCGUAGAGUCGGACAUGAGACUUCCAAAUGGUCUGGCCAUCGACCUUUAUUCCAGCCAGCUGUGCUGGGGAGACGCUGGUACUAGAAAAGUGGAGUGCAUAAGAGAGGAUGGGGCAGGACGUGUUGUUCUGACAGACUCUGCUCCUUAUCCCUUUGGUCUCAGUUACCAUGGAAACAAUGUUUACUGGACUGAUUGGUCACAGAAGUCCAUAAUGGACGUCAGACAAGGAGGGACUCCCCAGAGCUCCCUGGAAAUUCCUGUUGGAGGAAAUGGCCGACUGUAUGGCAUUGCCAGUGUGUCUUCCUGCCCCAGAAUAAAUAAUGCCUGCUCCUUGAACAAUGGUGGGUGUGUGUACCUGUGUUUACCCACUCCUAAUGGAGGAAGAACAUGCUCUUGUCCAGAUGAUAUAUCAGAGGAGAAGUGCAACGAGAUUUCUGUCAUCAGAAAGAAAAAGUAGACUAGAGAAUGAGACAAAAUUUGAACAAAUAAUUAAGACCUGCAAAGUACUCAGAAAACAAGGGAACAUGUGACAUCACCUACAGUUCAUUAUGUGCCAAAGAUGUUUCAUGUCUGAAAUGCAGUAUUUUAUAUUUGUCAUCAUUUAUAUAUUGUGUAAAUACUCAAUGGUAUUCAGGUCAUGUGGGCUGCCUGUUGUGUUGAUGUGAGAUUGUAAAUGUUUUAAAGUAGAAAGGCCACACAAGUUAAAUUAUGUGUUUAUCUCCAUAAGAAAGGUCACAUGAAUUUUUGUCUCCAUUAAAAAGGCCACAUCAAUUAAAUUUUGUGUUUAUCUCCUUUAGAAAGGCCACAUAAACUAAAUCCUGUCUUUAACCCUACUAGAAAGGCCACUUCAAUUUAAUUCUCUAUUUAUUUCCUUUUGAAAGGCCACAUAGAUUAAAUUAUAUGUUUAUCUCCAUUAGAAAGGCCACAUAGAAUAAAUUCCAUGUUCAUCUCCAUUCGAAAUUCUGAGUUGUAUGGAAGGCCAAAGGAAUUAGAUAAUGUGUUUAUCUUCAUUAAAAAGGCCACAGAAUGGAUUUUUUGUUUAUUACUAUUAGAAAAGGCCAAACAAACUAUAUUCUACAAAUGUUUAUCACUAGAUUAUAUUUUGAUUACAUGUCUGAACACAUGAUGUAUGAUAGCAUAUUUUUUUUUACAGCAAUUCAAUUUUAGUCAUAAAAUUUUUGAUCAGCAACUAGACAAACCUUGAUUACUUGAUGAUGUUUUCAUUUAUAUUGGGUGCUUGUCGCCACCGAAUACCCAUCAUUUAAAGUGAAAUUAAUUUACUUUUUGAAUACUAUUAAAUUAAUUAGUUUCUGAUGAGAGUGGCCAAUUAGCAAGAGAAUAACACUCGAGGUGUCUAUAGAAAGUGUUUAGCUUUCCACAGUCUCUUUUUUUUAACUAACCGUAUGAAAUUUGAUUUUGUUGGCCUAAUGAUAUUAUUUGGGUAAUUGUAUGUUGUAUCUUAGAAAGCUGUGGAUGAUAUUUGCCUAAAUUAGUUAACAAAUUUUGAUUGUGUUGUGUAAUAUUCUGAAGAACAAACAUUUUGAUGUGUUUUUGUAAUGUAUGAAGACACUCAUUUUCAUAUGAAACUUUUUCAAGUUUAUGACCAGUAUAUGAGAAUGUAUUUAACUGACAAUAUUUAUAGCAGGAUAUUAUCUAAUCUUUUCAUUAUUAAUUCAUUGGUAAUAUGAUUUCUCAUUUCCAUUUUUAUCUGCAAAAUCAAUGAAAAGUUAAUCAGAGAUCAAUGCUUGUCAAUUUCACCAGAUCAGGUGACCAGAUAAAUUAAUAACAGGUUAUUGUUCUUGCUGUGCAUUGUUAUAAUGUACUUUGACAGUUCUAUGAGGUUAUCAGUGAAGUUUGAUCCAGCCAUUAUCCAUCACUAUGGCUGUUGAUCACUGUUGCGCAAAAUGAAAUGAAUAAAAUUAUUAAAAACGAA